AUGAUCAAGAGUAACGGGGAUUUUAAUAGUCAGGUAGACUUGCACAAUGGCAUCCUAUACGGCACGCUCAAGCAAAUUCGACUUGCUAACGACAAGGAUCCCGAGGAGCCAGCGCUAAUCCCAGUUUGGACUUGUACAAUAGAGCCCCAGCAGACCAAGAGCCUCAUUACGAUUCUCAAGGACAAAUAUGACGAUGAGCAGAAUGACACGCUAAAGCAUCUAAAGAGAAUGACCAAAGAAGGGAGUUGUAUUAGAGCGCUCAUUUGUCCCUACACGGGAGAGCCACAGAAACAAGAGAUUGAAAGAUCCCUCCACCUGCUCGAUGUGGUUUCCAUCGACGUUGCAGACGUGCCGGCUCGCUCUGCAAGUACCAAGCAAACAAGUUUGAAAUGGUCCCAGAUCUGGCCAAUGACGUGGAAGGGAAACCCCAACCACCAGUUCCUAAACUCGAGUUUAGCUGCAUUCGACAUGGAGCAGGAGCGACGAAUGAUACAGCAACUUCUCGACUCGCUCGGCUCCCAGGGCUCAAAUGAAGGGCUGGUCACUAUCAUGGCCAAAGAAAUUGACAAAAGGAUCGAAAUACAAACAAUCGCCGUGAAUGACGGGGACCAGCGACCGACAAAACACAGCGUGAUGCGGGCGAUUGAAAAGAUUGCACAGAAUGAGCUCCUGCAAAGGAACGAAAAUAGCAAUAGCCAUAAUCCAAACCGCGAGAGAGGCUACCUAUGUACGAAAAUGAUUGUUUACACCACUCACGAGCCCUGUGUAAUGUGCAGCAUGGCACUUGUCCACUCGAGAAUAGAAAGAUGCACAUACUUGAAGGAAGUGCCCCAUGGUGGGGGAAUGGAAAGUAGCUACUAUCUUGGGGACAGGGACGGCUUGAAUUGGAGAUUUCCCAUCUGGAAAUGGCUCGGGAAGGACGAAAUAAAAAGGCUUGAAGAGUCGACCAAAGAUAGCACUAGAUCCGAAUACUAG